GAGCGACGAGGUGGUGGCUGUGGCCAGCAUGAACUAUGACCCAAUCGUGUCCAAGGUGGCUGAGGUCCUGGCUGCCGGCAGGACCAUCCGAAAGCGUGAUGUGGAGCUGUUUGUCCAUCACGGCAAGUACGUUUGGUUUGGGGUCCUGGGUGAGCUGGGCAUGUUGCUCUACUUCAACGUCUACUACUUCCCGGUCUGGUUCCUGGCUGAGGGGUUGAUGCUGCAGCUGAAGUACCACCUGCUGCCUCAGCACUACCAGUUCCUGCUGGUUGCUGCCUUCCUCAUCCUGUCACUGGCCGAGGGCUCCCGCCUCUACCUGGGCUACGUGGGGAACCUGCAGGAGAAGGUAAACAGCCAGGUCAUCCACCUGCCGCUGGAGAUGGCCGUGCACAGCCUCCUCCUGGCCUUCCUUGUCACGGAGAUCACAGCUGCCUUCCUGGCGCUGAAGACCAUGACCAAGCGGCUGGCAGCACAGUUCUUCCUGCAGCAGUUCAAGGAGGGCGACAGGGGAUGGCCGGGGCAGGCAGCGGAGGGGUGA